CUAUAAUUCUGUCCGCCAUGCCCUGGUGUGUGAUGAUUUGAUAGUCAAGUCCACCAAGAUCAGGAGAAAUUGAGGCUGAAAACAAUAGUUUGAAGGCGAGCUUUUAGGGUUGUAAUCCCCUUCCAAAAUGGACCUGCAGUCUCAGGGCGAGAGCGCUCAUACGCGCGAUGCAAACGCCGAGACAUCCGAAGCUGUCAGCCAUCAACAAUUUUUGAAUUACCGUCAAGCCUUGGAGAGAAAACUCCAACAACGUACUCCUCGCGAGCAUCUUAUUAGUCAAGGCAUUAUGCCAGCUGCUGCCACUAGUACAGCUCCGGCGUUACUUUCUCAGAAGACUAAACUCGAGCGAGCUAAGACAGGGGAUAUUCUACAGAAGAAGAUCCGUGUCCGACCGAAUAGGGAUCAACUUGUUCAAAGACAUAUUUUGAAUGAUACUUCRGCAUCUGUAGAUCCAUCCUUAUUAGCCAACCAAAUCAAACUCAAACGUAAAAAGCUGGAAGACGAUUUGAAUGACAGACUUGCAGUUAGACCUGGACCUUUAGAGCUUGUCAAAGAGAAUAUCCUUGAGCAAGGAACACCUGUAGGACUAGCAGUCCAGGAAGGAAAUGUCUCGUUUACAGAUACUGCACACUCGUCACUACUAGAACCAAUAUCACCUGAAUCGAAUGAUGGCUCCCCUGAGCCUUCACCUGAUAAUAUCUUGUCUUCACAAUUUCCUCCAACAACAGCGUCGGAUCUAUUAAACCACACUAAUAUACAAGCAGCAUUGUCUAAAUUGCCAAAAUCAUUAGAUGAGAGGACUUUGGAUGUACCGCAGGGGUUACGGAAGGAAAGGACGCGUAAAAAGUCACCAAGACAGAAGUUUAAGAAAUAUAAAUAUCACGAGUAUCGACCACCAAAUGGGGAGGUACAGAAAAGUAGUCUUCCAAUGGACUCACCCUACGCAUUGAUGCUUCAACAGCAACAGCUGUAUUUACAGUUGCAAGUAUUAUAUCAAAACUAUCCACAGUUUGUGAGCUUGCCUUCAAUUCCUGAAAACGUUCCAAAGCCGGUAAAUAAUAAUAGUGUUAAUGAAGAGAAGCCUGUGAAGAUUGAAGACAUGCGCGUUGUAGAUAUGAGAAAAGAACUCAAAAUGCGAGGUUUGCCUGUUUCUGGGUCUAAAACAGACCUUAUUGAAAGACUCAAAGCAGUUCAGCAACAGACUGCGGAGCAGAAUGCCAACUCGCCUGAUCAACCAAUGAAUGAGACUUCUGUAGGAAGUCCUUCUAUUGUAACCACGGCAACAUCUGUAUCAUGUAACUCUCCUGUGCCGGUUACAAGUGGUGGUUUUGUACCAGUCAAUACACAUAUAAAGCUUGGAAGAUCCAACUCACUGCCUGCUCAUGAAGCAAGACUGCAACAAGUCCAGAGUCAGCUUGUGGCCAACAGCAAGAAACUACAUACCCAGCUUCCUCCAGAAGUGCAGCAGCAACUGCAGCAUUUACAGUAUCUGAACUUGCAAACUCAAUUGCAGCAGCUAAGGGUUCAGCCACAGUCUGGCGGGCAACCUCAAUCAGGACAGUUAAGUCCAAGACAGCAGACUGGUAUGAAACAGCAAGGCUUGAUAUCAUCAGUCAAGAGUGAAAACACUGUGUCCGACAGUUGUGCUUUUAGUCAACAACCAAAGCUCAACCCUUUAUUUAAUAGUAUUACAACAAGCACACCUCAGUCGAUGUUCCUUUCACAUCGUCCUGACCAAGCGCCACAGAUCACAAUGACUCAGGCUAUGCCAACAUUGAAUUAUACAACAAGCAGU